AACCCGUUGUUAUGGGAGUUAAAUGCAAUUUGCUACAGGCAUAAACAAUUGAAAAAAAUGCAGCUGUCCGACUGCGCAUCCCCGGGACUGAACAGGGAAAUGCUGCGCCAGUGUCCCGGCUGAAAGAGGGAGCCGAUCAAACCUGAGCUCCGAAGCUUUCUUUCCCCCUCCCUCCACCACUCUUGUCAUUCCACGAUAUCGGUGCCAAAAGAGGGGGUUUAGAAAAAAAAAUCAUCGUUUCCACCAUGAUCACAACUUGCCAGUGAAGUAAAUUUCCUUUCCAAUCAUCACGGAUUCUCCGUUGUGCUCCACAUCUUCUAAUCAAAUCUCCGACCUCCCCCUUGCUCUCUGUGCAUCUUUUAAGGACUCCCAGACCCCUCGCUACCCAAAGGGGGUCCAUUAACACCCUCUUUUCCUAGACAGCCCCUCAAAUAUUCAUCGACCUCUCUGUCUCCUGACUUUCCUUACACAUCCUUCUAUUACCAAAUAUAUCUCCCUGCCCUUUGGCUCUCUGCCGGAAUCCUAACUCUCUUACUAGUGCUAUUUGGCCACUGUUCCCAGAGUGCACACAUGGCCUCUCCGAAGCUGGGUCUGUCAGCCACAACCACCACCUCCUCUUCAUCCUCAUCAUCCUCAGCCUCAUUAGGCCCUCCGCCACACCCUGGAAGCCCCAGUCGGGUACCUGAAGGUCCUCCAAGCCCUGUUACUCCCACUCCAAGCCCAGGAUUAACAUCUGCUUCAGCCACCCCUGUAAGGACCCAGCUGAGCAUUGCUCUGAUACUAGAGGAGCUCCGGGUGCUGCAGCAACGGCAGAUCCACCAGAUGCAGAUCACAGAGGAGAUCUGUAGACAGGUGUUAAGCCUUGGCGGGGACUCCUAUAGCAUUGACACGCCAUCCCAGAAUAUCCUCCCUCCUUUGCCUCAACUUUGUCUGGAAGACAGCAAAAACACAUCCAGUUCCUUAACCCAGUCAGCUGCACCUCAACCCACUACUUCUUUGGCUCCUCUCUUGUCAUGUUUCUCCUCCCUGCACCCCUCUCAAACAGCAAACAAAGCCACACAGCCAAACACUUCCUUGUCUCAAAUCUUGCAGCCUCAUAAAUCACAAAUUGAUGGAACAGGAAGGACUGGUCAUUCCUGGGAGGCCUCUCAAUGCUCUUCUUCAUUUACAACUUCCUCUGCGGGUGCCUCUGUGCCUUCUUCCACCUAUGCUUUAGCUCUAUCCUUAGCAUUACCCAAUCGCUAUCUUCAUGAGCAAUCUCCCAAUACUACAUCUGUAGGUGGGCAGAGUGAUUUGUCCUUUUUAAACUCGUCCCUCACCUCACCUCAGUCCAUUAACCCAAACUCACAGUUGCAAUCUGCCUCUAUUGGCAGUGAUUCAUCUACAUUAAGUUCCAACACUCCUGGCCGUCUCCAACACGUAUGUCGCUUUUGUGGAAAAGCAUUCAGCAGCGAUUCUGCUCUGCAGAUACAUCUCCGUUCACACACAGGAGAACGGCCCUAUCAGUGUCCCGUGUGCCUUAGUCGUUUCACAACACGAGGCAACCUGAAGGUGCACUUCCUCCGCCAUCGCGAACAAAAUCCAGAGCUUUCACUUUCACUUCUACCACCAUCUUUAUUUGGGUUAGCCUUAGGGGGCAGUGGGGGGUCAGAUAUUGGACAGAUUACUGACAGUUGUGGAAGUACCAGUGGGAUGAAUAUAACACAAAAGAAGCGAAAAAGUAGGGUGGAGGAUGAAACAUGCAGAGACAAUUUGGCAAUCAGUGGUAACAGUAGUGGACUUUCAAUGGGGACCUCUGGUGAAUCUGCUCCAUCGACUUUGCCCUUACCUCCUAGUGUAGAUCUAGCUUUGAUUUCACAUUCCCUCCUGCAGCUUAAUAGGACUGCUGCUGUUGCUAGUGCUGCCUCUAACUCGUCCUCUUCAUCUUCCACCUCUUCUUUGGCGACCUCCCUUCUUUCGAACCCUUCACUCUCUUCAUCAUCUACCAUUUCAGGGUUAUUCAAAGGUGUCAAACCGCAGCGCUUUGAUGAAAACACCCCACCUUAUGCACCUCUGCUGUCUCCUGCUGCUUAUUCCCAAUUAGCUCACCUACCAAAGCUCCUUUUUUCACCUGUUUCUGUUUCUACUUCUUCAUCUAUCCAGGGUGCUCAAUCACCUAUGUACAGCCAUCCAUCACUGAGCUUGCUACGCACCCAGCUACCCUCUGUUGCAGGAUCCCAACCGCAUGCCUCUUCCAGCCAUUCCCAGCUUUCGUUCCCUAUUUCUUCACUACCUAAAAAUCCCAAUUCACCCACUACCACUAUCCAAUCCUUUCUGCCUACAUCCAUAGCAACUGUUACUCCUACAUCUGAAACCUCUAAGCUCCAGAGGCUGGUUGAGAAGCUAGAGAAGGCCCCUUCUCUCACCUGCACUCCAUGGUUUUCCUCCUCUACUCCAACAUCCAUGUUGGAGAUUUUAUCUAACACUACCACAUCUUCUACUGGGAGUUCAUCAAACACCCGUUUCACAAAUGCUGGCAACUCCACCGCCAAUGUGGUUGCAUCUCCAUCAUCAAACAUCACCACAUCAGUUUCCCAAUUCACCCGUGAGAUGGUUGUUGCUCUUAGAAUGAGUGGUAAUGAAGCAAAUGCCAUGACGGGUGGUGUGCUACCAUCACUAAAUGCCGCUGGUUCAACACAUAACCUGACAACCAAUCAGUGUGGGGUGUGCCUACGGGUGUUGAGUUGUCCUAGGGCCCUUCGGCUGCACCAAGCCACACACCUUGGAGAACGUCCCUUUCCAUGUAAGAUAUGUGGGCGCUCUUUCUCCACCAAAGGCAGCCUGCGAUCACAUCUUGCCACCCAUCAUGCCCGGCCACCCAAUGUCCAAAACUCUUGCCCAUUGUGCCAGCGUAAGUUUACCAAUGCUCUUGUUCUUCAACACCACAUACGCAUGCACCUUGGUGGACAGUUGCCCCCAGAUGGCACAGAGGAUUCUGAACAGAAGAUUCCACCUAAGUCUAAUCCCAGAGUCUUGCCACAGUCUCUUUCCGAAUCCACUGAUCAAAUCCCCCCCUCAAGUAAAACAUCUCCUCGAACCAGCCCUAGAGAGAGCCCAGAUCCAAACGCUGAAGCUCUUGGCUCAGUCCCUGUCUCUUGCAACAGGAAAUCAGCUAAGAAAAAUCUCGGUAAAACCUCACCGUCCAGCCCAAAUCAAAUCCCCCCAGCUGACCUUAGCCCUGACCCUUCCAUGAACUCUAACACACAUAGCUCACCACGCAGCUUUGAAGAACCCCCUGUCCUUUGUGUGAGUGCACAUCUAAAGGUCUCCCAAAAAACGGAUCCAGCAUCGCUUCCUGGUGAAGAUAACAAAAUCCAACAACAAGGAUCUAUUGACAUGUUUAUUCCUACAUCUAAUCCUUCACCACUUCUCUCUAGUGAUAACAACACUACAGAGUCACCUCCUUCAAUGCUGGUGGACCCCACAAAGAUUAAAGAAUCACCUAGCGUAGAUGCUUUCCAUGACUCCAAACCAAACCUGGAGGACUUACAAAGCACACCAGUUACUGAUGCUCCUUAUGAUUACACCACUUCCAGUACACCUUCUAACCUUAUCCCAACUGAAGAUGUUUGUGAUGCUAAUACAAAGGCAGCUUUGGGAUCACAGGCAGACUCCACAUGGCGACAAUCACCAGAACCAAUGGAGGAAGACAUCGACCAGUCUCCUUUAAAUGCACCACCAAAACAAGACCAAGUAACUGUAUCUGACAAAGACCCUAAAUUGACAUCCCCUGUGGAAAACGUAGAACCCAUGUUUGCUGAAGUAAGGGGGGGAUUGCCCAAACAAGCCACGUCUGUCAGAGAGACAGGCCAAAGCUUUCACUUUGGUUCAUAUGGGAGGGAAGACCAUGUGGAUGCCACUAAAAUAAGCGGACUGGUUUUAGAAGAAGCCCUGGAUGCUUCAGUGCCCAUCAGCCUUGCUCCAACCCUCCCAUCUCCAAUAUCACGUCCUGAGAAGAAAACUUACUGCUGUGCUGAAUGUGGAAAGGAGUAUGCAAGCCGCAGUGGAUUAAAGGGGCAUAUGAAGCACCAUGGGGGUGUAACCAAACCAUCACGUCCACCAGCCAGGGGCAGUCGUUCCUCCUCCGACCAGAUUCCUUCCUCUACAUCUUCUGUGUCCUUAAACAUUCCAGCCACCAGGAGCUCAGGAGGCUUCUGGAACCAGUAUCAAGCCUUCCUCAACACCAGUGCUCAGUCAGCCGAUGAACAGAAGACUGUGGGUCAAGGUGAGAAUAAAUCAGCACAGCAUUCUGUUCAGUCACAGAAGAAUGCUGGAAUCUCUGAGGAAGCUGCCGAAGAACCAGAAAAAUAUUCUUAAGUCAGAAUGUUUGGCUAGAAAAUGCAUUUUAGCACAACUCUGUGGACAACCACGAAUUAUUGCUUCCAUAAAACAUUUCAGGCAGCCUGUCAGUUUGAUAACUAGAAUAAUAUGUUCAUACGUGAAUCUUGUGAGCCAUCCAUCUUGGACGUCUUGUGUUAUAAAUGAGGCAGUAGUCCAGUUAUUGCUGGAUUUGUCUAAAAAAAUUUUUAAAUUGGCUCAAAAACCUAUGUGAUUCAUAGUGCUAAUCUGAACAUACAACCAGACCCUGUACUCUCUGCUUUUUAAUGAAUUACUGAAACAUACACAAAAAGAGGAAGUUUGUCAAAGGUUUGGAAGUUUAUGUUAUUUUUGAAACACUUUGUGACUGUUGUGCCAUCUAUUAAAAUCUGACCUUUAUGGCACCAGAGAAGAUUCAGUAUAAUCAAAAUGAAUUGUUUUGGUGAUGGUUAGGUGCUGGUCAUUUCGCCUCCUCGCCAUUUUCCAAAACGUUUUAUUGGGGUACCAGAAGGAGCUUUGUACCACAGGACAUUUCUUACCCACGAUUCAUCUGUCCCCUAUUUUCUGUAAUAUAUUAUUACUCUACUGUAAGCAAAUGUGUUUAUACUGUAUGAUUCGAGUAAAUUUUAUAUUACAGCAUUACGUUCCUAACAGUUAUGUGGGUUUAAUCAGAAGUCAUUAUCUGUCUCUUUAUAAGAAUUGAAAGGCCUAAACAAGAUCACAGACACAUUCAAUCUAAGUACUAUGUAAUAAGAAAUCUUCAAAGCAAUAUGCAGUUGAAUAAAAUUUUAUCUGAGAUUUCUCUCUAUUAUUCAUCAAAAGUACCUAAAUACCAAAAGAAACAAACCGGCUUAAGUACAUGGGUUCAAAUUAGUUUGUUUACAUGCACAACAUGGAAGGAGGAAACAAACAAGUUUGUAUGAAAGGGGUAAACGAAUUGGUAAAGGGGAAUUAACCCAGAACUGCAAUGGUUAAAUACGACAAUAAGACUAAAUAAAGUUGAUAUAAUGCAACCUGAAGGGGUAGGAAAUCUUUUGUUUUUUUUUCUCUUAAUUUUGUGUGUGUGGGGAUGGGGAGGACUAAUUCAUAAUUCAUCUAUUUUCUAAUUCAUCUAUUUUCUACCAUGGUCAUGUUAAAACAAAAGCACAUGUGCUGUUGUUGUGAGCCCAGAGAGGGCGUGGUCUGUCCUGUGAUGUUACCCUUCAGCUUGGGGAAUGUUAUUGAUACUGUUGCUGUAUGACCCAUGAGUGAGAGCUGUAACACGUUUAAAGCUACUAAACUUACUAAACUACAUGUUUAUAGGUAUAUACUGUAUAUUAAAAUAUAUGUAUGUUUGUUGUAAGCUGUACUUUAUGUGUCCCCCAUAUUAAAAAUAUUCACUUUGGGAAAGGCA